AUGUGCAGCUUCGUUCCAGGCAAGGGCAUCGCUUUUGCAAAUGUAGCGGAUGAAACUUGCACAGCAAGCGAUCAUCCAUCUCUCUCUCCCGCAUUCCGACUUCGCAGCUACGAGCAUUGUUGGUACCUCUACUCUGGCUGCAGGUCAAGCAACUGUUCAGGCUGUGGCCUGAAACACAGGAUGUCUGUGCGGAGAUGCACUUGCCUUGCCUCCUCUGGCCCCUGCCUUGUCAUGUCUUCGACCCAUGAUGGAUGUGUGGGUGGUUUGCAGAGUUAUCCGGCACAGGAGCUCGUUUUGGGCUCGCUUGAGAGCAGCAGGCGCGCUUUCACGGAAGCAACGAGAAUCGAUGAGUGCAGUGUUUGUGGUGUGGAUGGAGACCUCAAGUGUAAAUCCCUGUCGCAGAGGGAGGUCGAGCAGGUGCGUGGCAGCCUCUUCUGCGACAAUUGCUCUGCAAACUCAUGCGCCUUCAAUAACGUUUCCAUCGGAAAGUACGAGAUGCCAAAGACGCAGCUGGGCAAUCGCAGCGGAUAUUCUGAAGUCAUCCUGGCAACUCUAAGCCCCUCCUGCAGGCAUGUGUCGCAGGUCCUGAUCUUCCGGAUCCUGAUCUGCCAAAUCCAAUCACACUGCUGGUUUUGCAGUGUUUUGUGA